CGCCCGCUGCCUGCGCCAACAGCCACUCCACUGUGCGUACGCGACAGCAACCAGUGUCCGUGUCCCGCAGUGGCCGCCCGACGACUCCUCCACUAGACUGCCGACCACUCACGUCGCGUCUGGAGAUGAGACUGAUGCUGUGGCCGUUUUGUGCGAAGUUGGGAACUCGAAACGUACCCGACAUGAGGGCGUGGGGACUGCUGUUGCUGCUGCUCCUGCUGCUGCUGCGAUCUGCGGCGACAGCGCCGGACGUCUCAGACAACGAGGCGGAGAGCUACAGCCUGGGCGCCGUCAGAGGGGGCUGCGACUGCAUGGAGUACUGGAACUGCGUCAUGAGCGGCGGGACGCCGUACAGCUACUGCGGCCUGGCGGACUCCAACGUGUGCUGCCUGGUGCCCGAGGGCGCCAAGCCCGUGUCCAGCCUGGUGCCCAGCCCCAGCAAGCCGCGCUGCGGCCAGAAGGGCGCAGACUCGGGACGCGCGGGCGUCGCGGAGCCCGCCGAGUGGCCGUGGCACGCUGCCAUCCUCGAGAAGCCAGAUGACCUCUACGUUUGCGGUGCAUCGUUACUCGACGAGAGCUGGGUCCUCACAGCGGCCCACUGCAUCGAGGAAUUCGUGCAGCGCGGGGCCGUGUCGCGGCUGAAGGUGCGCCUCGGGGAGUUCGACGUGACGGACGGCGGCGAGCCGCUGCGCCACGAGGAGCACGAGGUGGCGGGCGCGGCGCUGUACCCGGGCUUCGACAACCGCAGCCUGGCGCACGACAUCGCGCUGCUGCGGCUGCGCGCGCCCGCCCGCCGCCGGCCGCACAUCGACGUCGUCUGCGUGCCGCGCCUGCGCGCCGCCCACCCGCCGCCCGGCGCCGCCUGCGUGAUCACCGGCUGGGGCCGCCGCACCGAGGACUCUGACCACUCGGUGGUGCUGAAGGAGAUCUCCGUGCCGCUGUGGAAGAACACGGACUGCGAGAGGAUGCUGCGGCGGCACUUCGGGCCGCGAUACUCGCUGCCAGACACCGCCAUCUGCGCAGGCGCCGAGGGCCGCGACGCCUGUGACGGUGACGGUGGCGGACCUCUGGUUUGCGAGCAGAACGGCCGCUGGUACCAGGUAGGCGUCAUCAGCUUCGGCGUGGGCUGCGGGCGCCGCAACACGCCGGGGGUGUACACCCGCGUCGCCAUGUACGAGCAGUGGAUCAUGGACACUGUGCUGCGGCACCGACACUCCGGCCGGCAGUGACAGUGGGCGGCGCGGGGGCGGCGGCGCCCUCUGCCGCGGUGACCGGCGGUCGCCAGGGGCAGCGGGCCUCCGGGAUCCGGGCUGCUCAAUCGGCUGUUCGUCUCGCAAAACGAGAAGUGCCGUCCCUGAAAAUAAGGUGUCCAGAGGGAAACAAUGUGCCCGCAUGGCUCCUUAGCAGUGGCUUUAUCUCUCUCGCCUGGUUUUGAACUUGUGAUACUGUGAUGACGUGUGUUUUAUUUAUCUGCUGAACCGCAACUUCCACGAACACUUAGAUAACGAUAAAAGUAGAUCCAUACGUGAGUAUUAUAUUACGAACCUCUACCAACGAGAGAGUGUUAACAGAUGGUGACGCGACCUUUCGAUAAUGGUGCAGAAGAACUUCUAAUGGAUCCUAGUAUUGUUUUAUAGCCUACAAACUGAUUUUAUAAUGUGCAGAAUUGGUUGCUAGUCGUAUAAUAGGUGUAAGCAAAUACCCAUUCCUGCAAACAAAUUCUCUGCAAGUGUAAAGUGUUACGUUGUAAUUUAUUUGGAAGUCCAGUAGAGGCACACACUUGCUAAUAUCUGUCUGGAUCGUGCGAAACAUUGUUGCCAUUCUACGAGUGGUAACGCUACAUUAAUAAAUACGAAGUUCUACUUUCCAAGGGAGAUGUGGUACUUUCAAAUUUACUGCCAGAUAUUUCGCUGUAACUGUAGGUAAACGUCGUAAUCAUUUCUUUGUUAGUUGACGUGUUCCGUCACCGUCGACUGUUAUGCAGUUUUGUUUCCGUUUUGAACCAAGCCAUCAGCACGAUAUUCAUGUUACAAUUUUCACUCAGAAGUACAUGUAAAUGUUUGUUGUAGAAUUAGAUGGUAUUUCGUUUCCACAGACAUGCCGAAAAUAAUUCGAUACAUUUUUUAACGAUUACUUUUUGUGCUUUGAAAACUAAAGCAUAGCAGAGUGAAAUGCUAAAGACUUUGUCGAUCAACUUUCGCGUCUUCUAUGGAGAGUAUUGAAGGAAGAUAAAAAAGUAUUGGAUUAGACCUUUUUAAACCUUUUUUCCCAAUUGAUUAAUUCAUUAACCGUUUUCGCAAAACAGUUGUUAAACAGUUUGUAGUUAAUUAUAGGUUCCAAAGCGCUAUACUAAGAAGAGAGUCUUAGUUCGUAAAAUUAUAGCAAUAAUCAGCGUCAUUUCCACACACACAGUAAACUGAUUUUGUUGAUUAUCGUCUGUGAAUCUUGCUAUCUUGCAUAUGUUAUUUCAAUAAUAUUCUUAUCCGUUCAUUUUCCAUUUUUAUUAGGACAAAGAGUCUAAUGAAAGCCCCUGUAGCACACGGAAAAGAUAAAACGUAAAUUUCACAAUAUUUUUUAUAACUUUCUUUACGAAAAACUAAUGCAAAUAUGGUGCAAGAAAAUUCCGUUAGCAAACUAAAAACGAAGUUAGUCAUUCGUAAGGAAUUCGUAUUCGUCAUCAGCCACUUUUGCGAAUUCAAAUAGAUUUAAGUUUUUGAAAAGUAGAUCAUUAUACCUAACCGCUAACAUCUACCAUGUAAUCUAGCACACAACUUUCGAGCAAUAGAUCAGCGAGACUGACAUUUUUCAAAUUAUUCCAAACCAUUCUCAGUGAUGUCUUUUCUUCACUAUAAGACCUGAAUGGAUCCGGCUGUAC